AAGUGGUGUUGCCGAGCGAGACCGUGAAGUCAGGGACGCCUAAGGGCCAGUGGCCGGUGGACGGUCCCGAAAGGGACGCUUCCAGGCUUUUCUGAGCGAUUGCUGUCAUGACGGCCCAAGGGAGCCUGGUGGCGAACCGAGGCCGGCGCUUCAAGUGGGCCAUUGAGCUGAGCGGGCCUGGAGGAGGCAGCAGGGGCCGCAGUGACCGGAGUAGUGGCCAGGGAGACAACCUGUACCCAGUCGGUUACUUGGACAAGCAAGUGCCGGAUACCAGCGUGCAGGAGACAGACCGGAUCCUGGUGGAGAAGCGCUGCUGGGACAUUGCCUUGGGUCCCCUGAAACAGAUCCCCAUGAACCUCUUCAUCAUGUACAUGGCAGGCAAUACCAUCUCCAUCUUCCCCACCAUGAUGGUGUGUAUGAUGGCCUGGCGACCCAUUCAGGCACUGAUGGCUAUUUCAGCCACUUUCAAGAUGCUAGAAAGUUCAAGCCAGAAAUUUCUACAGGGCUUGGUCUAUCUUAUCGGGAACCUGAUGGGUUUGGCAUUGGCGGUUUACAAGUGCCAGUCUAUGGGAUUACUGCCGACGCAUGCGUCAGAUUGGCUAGCGUUCAUUGAACCCCCUGAGAGAAUGGAGUUCAGUGGCGGAGGAUUACUGUUAUAACCCGAGUGAGAAACGCGCGGCCUGUGGAUCUGCUUCUCCUUCACCUCCUCCUUCAGCAACCCGAAGCUCCCUCCCCGGAGAGCAGACAGCUCCUGCCAGGACAGUGUGCAUUCUGCCGCCGUCACAAAGAAACUACCACAACCCCUGGCUGAAAAUAAUGUAGAAAACUUUAUUUAUGUUUCCAGUACAGAGCAAAACAACAUGACCAGAAUUCUAUGUAAACAAAAGAACAGUUGCUGCUAAAUCAAUAGCUAGAGCAGCAUCUCCUUUCAAUAAAUUAAAUGUUUGAGAACAAUGCUUUUAAAAA